AGGUUCUUGGGAAAUGAUCCUAAGUCAUGGCUCCCAGAAUUUCGAAUUGUGCGCAAGGAAAUUGAAGACAGGAAGAUGAAAAUGGUUCUGUGUGUUUCUUGUUGCAAGGUAAACCUUAAGGACUAUGAGCAUACGAUGAGCAAGAGGAGAUCUGAAUUAGUGGACAAGCUAAAGAAUGUUUUUACAGAGGAUAUCAAAAUCAAAUACUAUGACAUUCGGCCCCAAGAAGUUGAUCUCCUCCAUUGCUCAUCUCGCCCCCCCCUUGAGAAACCUCGCUAUUUUCUCCUUCGACAUUAAGAUUCUGCUCAAGGUGCAAUUGAUGCUGGUUUUCAAGUCAGGAAAAUUGUUUGGGUUUCUGCUGUGUUUCUGUUUCAAGAUUGGAUGCAAUUUGCUGUACUUGUGUGGGAUAGUGGGAUUGUAUGUAGGGAUUUCCAGAUUUAUAUCUUUUCCUGCUUUAAUUUGUUUGAUGGACGAAUGAAAGUAGCUUAUUAAUAAAUUGCGUUAAUUAUC